AUGCGACUCGACGAGAUAGAACUCGAAGUUCUGCAAAUCAUCUUGCAAUAUGUCUACAAUUCCGUGGAAGGCACCUUGGUUCCGCUCGCUCAGGUGAACAAGUACUUUAACGAAGCGAUGAAGGUGGUGCUUCACAGCCAGAAGGUGUUCUACCUCCAUAACAGCAUACACCAAUCAUUCGAUGCCAAUGGACGGAACAAGUGGACCAAAACUUCAGCAAUUAACCAUGUUCGUCACUUGAGAGUAGAAUACAACCUGCCCUGGGAGACACGACCUGACUUCUCAAUCCCGUCGAGCUAUACGUUGUUCACAGAACGUUUCGAGCCCUUCAACAACUUCAUUCGAAGCAUUAGGAGUCUGAAAAGUCUCACUUGGAACGCUGGACCGCUUCCUCACACUUUACUGGAGACACUGAAAAUAAGCCAUCCUAAAGCACGACUGAAGAUAUGGUGCUACAAGCGCUUCCAAUCUGGCCUAGAUUAUUUGGACCCUUCUGAAGUAGCGUUGGCCAACUUUCCGAACCUCACACAUAUAAAAUUCGAUACCCGACAUGCCCGUUCACCACUACGCCCUCAUUCCCAAGCUCCGAACACAUAUAACCAUGCCGCAUUCAGGGCAAUAGUCUCGAGGAGUCCAUCACUGGAAUACGCUGGGCUAGUGCUCGACGACAACGCCUUUCUUCCUGAUAGGUCCGUUUUCCCUGAGUCUGACACAUCUGAUCACAAAUGCAGGUCAUUAAAAAGCUUGACGCUGGAUGGAUCUAGUUUUCAAUUGUCCAAGGAGAGCCUGAAGGAACUCAGCACAUAUAUUGAUAUCAGCCGACUUGAAACGUAUAAGUUCUCCAGAGGUAUAACUCGACUCGAUUACUUCACAUGCGCAGCAAGCAUGCUUCCAAAUAUCAAACAUUUGUCAUUGAACUUCGCCACGUUGCGCAACAAUUUCCACGACAAUGACAAUACCAUCUUUGUCCCAGCUAAAGAGUAUCUGCUGAAUUGUUCACCCCUAGAAACAGUCAGUCUGUGGUCCUGGUCAGGUGUACUCACCGUAAAAGAGUUGCUGAACCGACAUGGUGCGACGUUAAAGACGCUGCAGCUUCACGAAAAGCAAGCAUCUCUGAGCUAUGACUUUGGGAGAUCGGAAAGGACGACCCUGACGGCGGCUCAGAUACAGUCGCUACGUGCAGCUUGUCCAAGACUUUCUGGUCUGACGCUAGAUCUGAAUCAAGAAAAUUUAGGCUUUGACCUCCGAACGCAGCCUGAAACGUUAGAUGUGUUGGAAAUUGUAUCACACUUUACGCCACCAUUGCAGAAGUUGCAGAUAUACUUUGACAACAAUGGUCUAGCGCGAUAUCUGCAAGGAAAACUCACGUAUGAUCCCUCCAUUGGUCUACAUCACCACGAACUUGACACUUCGGACGAAGAUCAAGACGAAGAUGAGGACGAAGUUGAGGAUGAGGACAACAACGAAGUCGAUGGCCGCACUACCUUGGCGUCUUCGACUGGCCCUGCUAGCACGCACAGCAGUCUAGUCGAGCUAACUGCUAUUCACUCACCACUUCGAAAGAGGGCUCGCAGAGAUGGGAACACCAGCGAGAGUGUCGAAUCAGCAAGCGGUGGGAUAAACAGGGAACAGGUUCUCCGCAACUACGUCGAGUCGAUCUGGAAAUGCGUGUUUGGUGCUGCCACGACUGGGCAGAGGUCGCUGGAGGUGAAGUUUGGGGAAGUAGAGUCUAGGAGUUCGGCAGUAGUUGAUACGGCUAAGGCACACUUUUUAGCCUAUCCUCAUGUGCGCGACGACAAGCUCGGAGAAUGCACUAUUCGCAAGAGUACAAUCAAUUACAAGUGGUAG